CCGUGUUUACGAAUAGGUACGUCUGGGAUAAUGUCACCGUUCCAGAACGCUCCGUCCCGUCCUAGCCAGCUUCUUUGCUUCGGUAUCCCCUUCCCCCCUCCUCCAUUUUCAUUUUUUACUGACCAUUGUUGUAGUAUUUCGGGUCUUCAACUUUAGGUGUGCAGUGCGGCAGGUGCCUAACACUGUGAGCGGGAACUUGGGGUCUUCUAUUUGUCUUCUUCGUCUGAAUGAUCUCUUAAUAUCCUCCCUCAGAUGCUGUCCCAGCACCGGAGUGGGUUCAAUCAAGCCUCUGCGGGGAAUCCGCAGAUGGGAUAGAUACGUGCCUAGGGAUACUCAACUGCCGUUUCAUGCCCUACAAACCGGCUACCUCCAAUACCAUUACACUAUGCGUCGUCCUGCGUGUUGGUGAGCGGUCUCCGCAGGUACGGGUGCCCCCUGCUCUUCAUGGUGGGCGUGGAUGACGAAAACCGGAGCUGUGUCUUGGGCCAGGGCGUGCUGCGGUCGGAAUGCAAGGAGACGUUUCAAUGGUUCUUGGAAGCGUACGAGACGGCCGCCGGCGGACGAAGGCCCAAGGUCAUGCUGACUGACGCAGACCGGGCCAUGACUUCGGCUUUGGAGGAAUGGACCACCACCUUGCACCUUUUCUGUUUGUGGCACGUUUUCAAGAACGUGCUCAAGAACUGCUCCUCGUCCUUCCCCGACAAAGAAGAACGGGCGAAAAUGCUUCGUCUUUUUCGCAGUGCUGCGUACGCAGCCACGCCGGAGGCCUUUGCAAGGUACCGGGUGGACCUCGAGAAGAUCGUGAAGGGCAAGAAGUGCGAGGAGUACAUGGACGCCCUUAUCCAGGACAAAACGAAGUGGGCUUUCUCCUGCCGGCCGACACUGCUCACCAUGGGUAUGGUUGCCACCCAGCGCACCGAGGGUAUGUUCGGGGUGGCGAAGAGAUCCGGAGUUCACAAGAAGCUGUCCUUGUGCGGUCUGUGGGAGAAGCUCCAACUUAUGUACCAGAAGAUGGACGUCGAGUACAGCAGGGUCGCAACGAGAGGCGUGGGAGCGGAGUUGCCAUUCCAGACGAAGCAUCUGCAGGGGAUCUUCGCCCCGAUCCAGGAAGAGCUCAAACGGGUUGGCGCAAGCCAGUACUGCCAAGUGGAGGCUAGGGCCGAGGUUGGCGGAUCGCAGUCAUACGACGUCGAGGUCAUCUGCGCAGGCGCCACGGAUGACGACGGCCGCCCCGAUCCUCUGGGAGAGGGUGUCCUUCGUCGAAAGCUUGAGGCCGUUCGCUUCGACCUUAGCCUUUUCGAGGAAGCGAAGCCUGACACUGACCUGGAGAAGGACUGCAUGCGUGGCCCUGAGGCGGAAUCGACUGAAGACAGCAGCGUAUGGGCGCGCACGUCGUUGGAGGCCCUCCUCGACCUCAUCGGCGAACUCCCCGUCCACGUUGCGGCGGCUGUGCGAUACAAACUCACGCCUGCAAGGCCGGGUCAUGUUGUGGUUUUCGGACCCAAUGGCUUCCACUUGUGCUCUUGCCUCAAGCUGUUGCGACACGGCCUCGUCUGCAGACACUACUUCGCCGUGCUAGUUCGCUUCCUCGGCUGCAGGUUCAAGGGAAUCCUGCUCGACCACCGCUUCGACGGCAACAGUCUCCACGCACGCUGGCGGCAAUCGCUUGACGGCAACGACGAGCCAUGGACCGUCUCCAGAGUGUUGAAAGAGACAGGGCACGGCGACGGCUGGGACGGGUGUGAAGAGGGCGCAGACGACAACUUCUGGGGGCCAACGUUCGACGACGACGACGCGGGGGACGGCGUGCAUCCUUCGGAACGUGCGGCAAAAGCAGCUGCCGCUCGAUCAGCGACUGAUGAGCGCCGGGUGUUCGCGAGCAUGAUGGCCAAGAGCAAGGAAAACGUCUCCGAAAUCCUAAGGACGGUUCCACACGCGAAGGCCAUGGAGAUCCAGGCUGACCUCGACAAGUGGGUGAGGUUCCAGCUCGCGGAGGCUACCGGACAGAACAGCGCCAAGAAUCCCGCGCAGGUCAAGAAGGCUGGAAGGCCUAAGAAAUCAAAGUCGGGAGAACAACAGGAGAAGCGCGGUGAUGGCAAUGGUGCGCCGCCAGGGCAGACCGGCUCUGCUAAGCCGGUCGGUAACCCGCAAGGGCGGAUGGACAAGAGCCGCAGGGCCAAAAGGAUGAGAGACUCAGCUGGGCCUGGGUCUGGGGGUCCUAGCCGUAGGAUUAAGAAGGAGGACGACUCGUAGUGCUUAACACGUAGCGCCGUAAACUUGAGCGGCCCCGAGUGAAUGAAGGUCCAGCUUGAGCGAGUCUCGAUGUCGUUGUAUUCAAUGAUACCUCCUGUGUUGCGAGGUAUGGAACGGUGAUUUUCUUCCUCCGUUGAUUGUCGGCGCCUCCGUGUUUGCGGGUGCACAGACGACGAUAGGCGACCUACUUAUGCGGCUUAUGCGCAGGUUGUCCUUCAACAACGCCAGCCUACCUCUCCCUUCAGUCCUCGUGUCACGGGGGUAGCGCUACGUAGCAUCAGGCUUCGUGUCGUCUGGGUGUCAAACAGUCGUCUGGGUGUGAAACAAAGCGCGGAAACAAAGAUCUAAGAUACUGCCCACAAUUCACGUAUGCGAAAUUAACGUUGUCCCCUCCCCCUAGCCCUGCGAGCAAUUCCAUCCGCGCCGUGUGUGUUAUAAGCUUAUCUACGACACCGCCCUCGGGGACACCGUCCCGCCGGGUGUAGGCGUACCAUGGCACUGACUGGGUGGAUUUCGCCCCACAGCGGCUUGAACGAUAGCUAUGGGCUGUACCAAUGUAGUGCACAUGGUCUGAUGUCCAUCCGCGCCGUGUGUGGCGAGAAACGGGCGGUGUCGAAUAUAAGUUUAUCUACGACACCGCCCUAGGGGACACCGUCCAGCCGGGUGUAGGCGUACCAUGGCACUAACUGGGUGGAUUUCGCCCCACAGCGGCUUGAACGAUAGCUAUGGCCUGUACCUACUCAUCGCGAGUUUACGUGCGAUCAGGCGAUGUCUGUGCAAGGAGUUAUGACCGGAACGUCGCUGACACCCCCCCGGUAAGUUGCGGAGCCCCCUAUUUUUCGGUUCUUUCUCCGCAACCACUUGGCCGAUUUGACCCAAAAUGGUAUGGGCUGAUAGCUGCGGGCCGUGGCUACACAGCGCAUUUUGUUGUACGCCGAUUGGAGCCCUGUGGGCCAAGAAAUGGUAGGUGUCGUAUAUAAGAAGUACGACACCGGUGUCGUAUACAAU